AACAGCGAUAAGAAAGCAUGAGUGGAUAACGGCUGCUGCAUCAGUGUCUUCGCAGAGUCGCAGACGAAAAGUUCACGUUUCCUGGUUCAUCGAUUGGGUUAGUUGUGGGAGGCCUAGUUCCAUAGCAGGUAUGGAAUCUGUAUAAACGUUUCACGCAUGACAAAACCAAGAUGACAUCGUCGUCGUUUCUGUUUUUUGUACGCGUUCCUGUCGAGGAAGAGAACAGUGUAAAUGACAAAGAUAAAGAAACAGAUGCAAAGAAACUAGAGGACGCGCAAACGAAUACACGGAAAGGGUCAGAGAGCAGCAACGGUAGGUCAUCCGAAGUUCCAGGCAUUGAUUCAAACGAUAAAACAGGCGACCUUAAAGGAGUCACACUUUCAGACAGCAGUGACGUUGAAGGUUCGGAGCAUGUGACACCUGUCAAACCGGAGGGACAGGACGAAAAGGGUACUUCUUCUGUACUGGUAUCACAACCCUCAUCCACAGAAGAAGCAGACAUUUCAACUACACCCUCUGACCCAUCAGCUAUUCCAGUACCGUCAUCCCCAGGGACAUCAGACACCUCAACCUCUGGGACAUCUGAUCCCUCGCCCAUUGGAAUCACGGAUCCCUCAGUCGCUGAGGAUACAGAGUUGCUAUCCCCACCACCCUGGGACUUCACACCUCCACCAUCCCCAGGCAGCACAUCAGCACCACAAGAUGCUGACACAAUACAGGCACAUGACAGUGACACUCAGAACAGCAGCCAAGCACCACAGAAGGACUCGCCUUCAUCAGCCUGGACUUUCCCACCAUCUGAAACAUUGGAAAAGGAAACCCCACUGGUACAAAAUUCUGUAGAUAAAGCUCCUGAGGAUUCAGAACCUGUUUCUGAGUCAGAACCUCCUCAAUCACAAGAAACAACAGUAGCUCCACAAUCGGCACAGACAUCACCCAUUCCCGUUACAGAACCCUCAUCCAACAAAACUUCAGACUCAACAUCUGAGGGAAUUUCAGACAGCACCUCUGCUGAAAAAGAGGGUCAAGAUGUUAGUAAUAAGCCAGUAGAAAGUACAGACACAGCACCAACAUCUGGUGAUGAUUCAACAAAGAAACUUUCAACAGAAAACAAUGACAAACCCAGAAAAUCUAUAGACGUUGAUGCAGAAAAGGAUAAUGACAAAGACUUGGAGAUAUUUGUGAAAACAGAGUCACUGUUCCAGAGAACCCUGUCUGCAUUAGAGAACUAUACUGUGAAGAAUCUAUCUGUACACAAGACAACCAAUGGCAAAUCUUUUCAGUUUGUGUUUGUGGAAGAAGGGGAGAACUGUGAAGAGAUUUUGAACAAGUUGGCAGAAAUCGGUAUUGGAGACAAUGCCCAGUCUUCUAUAAGUAUGUUUGAAACCAGCAUUUAUAAGGGAGCUGGAGGAGUUAUGGAUGAGGAGGAAGAAGAUGAAGAAGAUCUAUAUAAUUCUGCUGCUAAUCCUGAUGAACAGAAGCAGAGUGAGUUUAAGAAAUCCAUCAAGGCUCGUAUGCUUGUCACAGAGGUUGUGAACUCGGUACAAGGAAAUGCAGAAUUUACAUUUGAUUUUCUGGUGUUGGUUCUCCUAGCAAGCUCCAUUUCGGCCAUGGGACUUGUGGAAAACAGUUCAGUGGUACUGGUAGCCAGCAUGUUGGUGUCACCCAUCAUGGGUCCAAUUCUGGCUGGAACUUUUGGAACUGUGAUACAAAAUAACACUCUACGGAAUCUUGGUAUCAGGAACGAGGUGCUGAGUCUGUUAAUCUGUGUUGGCAUGGGACUGGCUUGGGGGUUGGUAUGUGGAGGCGUAUGUAAGGAUGGAGCUUUCUGGGGCAGUACAGAUGCUUGGCCUACGAGUGAAAUGAAGUCCAGGGGUAUGACAAGGAGUCUGUGGACAGGCAUCCUGAUUGCACUGCCCUCUGGUGCGGGCGUCGCCCUCUCCAUCCUUGGGGGUAACACAGGAUCUCUGGUGGGCGUCGCUAUAUCCGCAUCCCUCCUACCACCUGCUGUCAAUGCUGGCAUGCUGUGGGCCAGUGCUAUCAUUGCCUCUAUUGAACCGCCCCCGAGAGUGCAGACUGUCACCCCUCCGACUUCUACAAUACAGUACAACGUCACCCAGACACGAUACAACGUCACCCAGACCAACAAUACUGCGACAGAUCUACCAAUCUCCCUAAACUUGACUCCCGGACUGAAUUGUGUCCCCUUGGACCGUAAUGCCUACAUCCCUGUGUACAGCUGUGAUAUGGCUGAAGAGAUGCUCUACCUCGGUCUGUUCAGUCUGCUGCUUACCAUCCUCAAUAUCAUCUGUAUCAUCAUCAUGGGAAUCAUCGUACUCAAGAUCAAGGAGGUGGCACCACAAAUGGCGCUGUCAGAGGACACAAAGACUUUCUGGAAAGAGGACAUCAAGAUCGCAAAGGAAUCAUAUGUGACCAUGAAGGGAAACCAGUCCAAGAGCUUGUCACAACAGGCAAGAGCUCUACUUAAUGAAUGGAGGCAAGAAAAUGGAGACCAACCCAUCCAGUUACUUCAGUUAGAAAGGAUGACACAGGAAAUAGAUGAUGACCCAAGCGUCCAAGAAAUACAGAGUCGGAUUCCUGGUGGCAUGAGGGGAGAUCUGGUGUCCCGACAUUUUGUGGAUCAAAUGAACAAAGACGAGGAGGAGAUGGACAGUGUGUCACCCCAGUACAAGACUUUCCACACCUUCCACAACAUGUAUGGUCAUUCCAGGAGGGACUUCCGCUCUAGCUACCAUGCCUCCCCAAACAUGUCCACAGGAAGCAUGCGUCGGAAAAAGUUUGUGUCCACAUCUUUGACCGAAGUAAAUGAAAAAAACGUACCUUAUUCAGCUGACGGGCCUUUAAAACCAAAGAAAUCCCCUGGUCACUUCGCUAAGGCUUUCGGCAUUCUACGUCAUCCUAGGGCUGGUCGCAGCAAUCUGUUCCGUCGGCGACACGAUACAAGUCAGCCUGAGGAAAAGCAAUUACGCUUCGCUGUGCAGAAGGUCCCUGAUGAAGAGGUCAAAGUUCACUUCUUGAAGGAAAAGGAAAAAGACAAACAGGAAAAUGACAACCAAAAUGUAUCUGUCCCUCUGCUAGAAAGGAAAGAAAGUGUUUAACUAGGAAUGACAGGUCUUGCAAGUGCCUUCCAAACAGCGCUUUUACAGCAAAGUUCCUUCACCUCUAAUCCUUUGGGAGCAAAAAGUUGCAUUAGAUAUGGCAUGAAGUCCAUACAAUGCUACUUCAAGGUUCCAAUUCCAGUCUGGCCCAUCACCUAUAUGCUAUUUCUUUUCCUGCAAUGAACAGAUGUGCAUAUAUUUUAAUAAUUCAGAGUACAAAGCUAUGUUUAUGUUUAACAUAUACCUCAAUGUUGCACAAACCUGUAUUUUACAUUCAACAAAACUUGUGCAUUGCAACUUUCUCAGCUUUCACUCAUUCUACUGUUAAAUGAAAUUUUAAGGCAUUUAUGAUUAUACCUCAUUAUUAAAACUUAUUUUGUAUCUCAGAAUUGUCUCUAUAGGGUAACAGUGAAGUCUUAUUUCCCCCAACAGCCACUUACUGCUUGUCGCACUAUCCAGUCUUUUAAAGAACUGACUGGUCUUAAUUAAAAAAUGUUCCAAUAAUUCAGUCACUUCACAAUCAAGCCACUUUUGUUGUUGACCCGACCAUUGAUGCUUCACGGAAUAGAUAUAAUACUCCAACUUACUUUUUCUAUUGACUUUCUUCAUACGUAAACAUGACAGAUAUAAUGACACACAAAAUGUGUCUUGCCAGUGUUAAAUAUGAUACAUGAAUGUAGGGUGAAGAUGUGUACAACCUGUACCCAACAACAUAGACGUAUAUAUAUGUAAUAUAUAUACGUCUCUGCCCACAACCUUUGUACAAAUGUAUUUAUUUUUAUAUUAUUGUAG